AUGUUCUUUCACGCAACACUUGCGAGAAGUUUCAUCAGUGCUCUGAGUGUUCGAGGUGAUGAUGAUGCAGUGGAUAGACUCAAUUACUACUACACUCCGCUGAUACUCGCAGUUUGUUGCCUUGUGAUUUCUGCGAAACAAUAUGGAGGAACUCCAAUCGAAUGUUGGGUUAAUCCACAUAGUAGAGAAUCAAUGGAAGAAUAUAUUGAAUCGUAUUGUUGGAUACAGAAUACCUAUUGGAUACCAAUGUAUGAGAAUGUACCAGAUGAUCAUACAGCAAGAGAGGAGAAGCAGAUUGGAUACUAUCAAUGGGUUCCUUUUAUUCUUAUAGCUGAAGCUCUUAUGUUUUCUUUGCCCUGUAUUUUUUGGAGGUUAUGCAGUUUUCAGUCCGGUCUAAAUAUACAAACUUUGAUCAAUGCCGCAUGUGAUGCACAAGCCCUUCUUGACUAUUCGGAUCGUCAAAAAGCUGUUGAAGCUAUCACCUGCAACUUUGUUGAUAAUCUAGACCUACAGUCACCAAAUGGAAGAAUCAGAGCACGUGGCUGGAUAGCUAGAAUUAAGUUCUCAAGAUUCCUCUCCGGACAGUGUAUCUCUAUUGUAUACAGUUUCACUAAACUGCUCUAUUCUGUGAACGUCGUCGCUCAAUUUUUCAUUCUUAACGCAUGUCUGAAAAGCAGUGAAUUCGUUUUCUUUGGAUUCCAAGUUCUGAGUGAUAUCUGGGCAGGCCGCCCGUGGACAGAAACUGGUCAUUUUCCGAGAGUAACACUGUGUGAUUUUGAAGUUCGAUACCUUGCAAACCUGAAUAGAUACACUGUUCAAUGUGCUCUCCUAAUCAAUAUCAUCAACGAGAAAGUAUUCGCUUUUCUAUGGUGCUGGUAUAUGAUAUUGGCAAUCAUUACAACUUGUUCAUUCAUUUAUUGGAUUGCGAACUCAUUCAUUCAUUCCGAAAAAGUUGAUUAUGUGAUGAAAUUUAUUCAAAUUGCGGAAUCGAGUGAAUAUAAAAAAUUGCAAAAAUUCGAAAAAGAUGCGACUGUCGAACGACUUUACACUGUGAUUGCAUUCGCACCACAUCUUCUUGAUUCUUUCGUUUCCGAUUUUCUGAAAUCAGAUGGAAUUCUGAUGCUGCGAAUGAUUUCGAACCAUGCUGGUGACAUGAUAGUUGUACAAUUGGUCAGAAAUCUCUGGCAAGAAUAUCGAGAAAGGAAUUGGAGAGAAUUCGAAGAGCACGAAGAAAUGAAGGACGUAGAGAUGCGGAGAAUUCAAGGAACCAGAGAACGUAUUGUGAUUGCGAAUCCUGGUCAGACGAAGUCAUUUCUUUAA